AUGAAUUAUGCUUCUGCGCUUGCAUUUCUUCCGAAUAACUCUUUUGAAUAUGUGGUUUUUGACCACAGUUUCCGUGACAAGCCACAAAUAGCAGAUGACAUAAAAAAACUAUGUGAUAAACUUCAGGUGAAAUAUAUUCGUGUACCUUAUACACUUCAAAUUAACCAUCCAUCGAAUUCUCACGGUUCUGUUGUUCAUUGGAUUAUUCAAGAACACGCUUCGAAACAUAAAGGCCGAGUUUGGUUUCUCGAUGUUGAUAUGUUUUUCAUUAAUGAUUGGGUUUGGGAAGAUGUCAUGCCAAUAGCAAAGUAUGACAUUAUGACUGUCUGGCAGCGAAGACCACAUGAGCACAAACUUGGGCCUUAUAUUUUCUAUAUAUGGCCCAACUUCAUUAUUUUUCAGAAUAUACAGUCUAUUCCAGACCUCAACAAGAUGCGAUGGAAAUCAGUUCGAAUCGGUAACUCAGAUGUUGAUAGUGGCGGUGAGUCUUAUUAUUGGAUUAAAGAACAUCCUUUGAUUCGUAUCAAGGGGAUAUGGAAUGCACAGUGUGAUAUUCACGGUGAUAGAAGUGGGUGCCAAGAACAAUAUCAACGUCAAAGUCCAGAGAUGAUUGAGCGUAUUCACCAAAAUCCUGACUUGUACGAACUAAUAUGGCCAAAUGUUUCAAAUAAAGGUAAACUCAACGAUCAUGGCAUCAUUGGUGACAUUUUAAUUUUACAUUAUCGAGCUGGCAGCAAUUGGAAUGGAAUCUCCAAAGAAGCAUCAGACAAAAAGUGGGCAAGAAUUCAGGGAGCCGUCCAAAACGCCUUAAAAGACAAAAGAAAACGAAAUGAGGAGCAGCUCUUCCGUUACAAUGCAUGCCUUCAACGACUAAGGAAUCGACAGAAUUAA